UCUCAAUAUGGCGUAACGGCCUCUUUCAAAUCUCUGACCUUGUAGUGAAGCUAAAAAUCGACAUAUUUGUGUGGCUUCUCGUGGAUGCGGCGGGGUCGCGUGCUGAGCUGCUUGUUGGCACAUCCGUCGGCGGUGACUCCACACUCCUCCUGCAGCGCGCCGGCGCGACAGCGCGUCCAUCACCGAGAAAAAACGACAAUGCGACCAACUGUUUGUGCUGUAAACGCGUUGAAAAAAAAAAAGAAAGCAUACAUGUGAGGAAGCGUUUUGUAUGUCACUGUUCAAUUCACCGCUUUCCGGUGAUCUGCCGUUGAAAUACGUUUUUUCUUUUUCUUUUUGCGUCAAAGCCGAGGUUCGUUCACUUUCUAUCGGAUCACUUUAAAAUCAAGAUGUGCAGCAUCCAAUGGACCCACGAUCACUGAUGCUCUCCCCCUAAAGAGGCAGCAAUGGUUCAGGCAGUAGCCACUGAUCACACUGUCCUCCUUCCAUAAAGAGGAAUAAUGCCGACACUGAUGACUGUGGGAUCCUUAUAAAUUCUUAAUAAUACGAUGAACACCUCUGUUACACCAUCAGACCUGGUGGAUGUGCCAAGACUGCCGAACUUCAAUGGCACACAGACACCGUCGAGUUGGGCCGUCAUCCACACCGGCACCUUGGCCUUUUGCUCUCUCCUCCUCGUCUUCAUCUUCUGCCUGGGCUCUUAUGGCAAUCUCGUGGUGUUCCUGUCCUUUUUCGACCCGGUGUUCCGCAAGUUCCGCACCAACUUUGACUUCAUGAUCCUCAACUUGUCCUUCUGCGACUUGUUCAUUUGCUGCGUGACGGCUCCGAUGUUUGCACUGGUGCUUUUCCUGGAUGCGGGCGGAGGGGACGGCGUGUCCAAGAGUUUCUGCUUCGCCUUCCACCUGACCAGCUCGGGCUUCAUCAUCAUGUCCCUGGAGACGGUCGCUGUCAUUGCGUUGCAUCGACUGCGCAUGGUUUUGGGGCAGCAGCCCAACCGUGCCGCCUCCUUCGCCUGCACGCUGGCCCUCACCGCCCUGCUGUGGACAUCCAGCUUCACCAUGGCCGCCCUCCUUACCAUGCGAGCGUACCCGCGCAGGGAUGGACCCUGCUUGCCUCACUUUGGCCUCGGAGGUGGACAGGCCAGGGUAGUGCUGUAUGUCUACCUGGCAGACUUUGCCUUUUGCGUGGCCGUGGUGUCCGUGUCCUAUGUGAUGAUCGCGCGGACGCUGAGGAAGAACGCGCAGGUCAGAAAGUGCCCGGUCAUCACUGUGGACGCCACGUGCCCUCCGCCCCCGCCGCCCCUCAUCGCAGCGGGCUUCGAGAGCAUGCAGUGUGCGGUUCAGGACCCGUCUCUGUACCACAACCAGACUUACAACAAACUGCAGAAAGUCCCCACGCACUCGUGUGUCAACAAGGCCAGCCAGCCUCUGGUCCCGGGCGCGGCCCAAGGAGCCACCUGCUGUCAGCUGGUGUCUCCGGUCAACUUGGCCACAGCCAAAGACUCGAAGGCGGUUGUCACCUGCAUAGUCAUAGUGUUCUCCGUGCUGCUCUGCUGCUUGCCGAUGGGAGUUUCGCUGGCACAGGACGUUUUGUCGCCGGAGAGCAGCUUCGCGCACUACCAGUUUGAACUGUGCGGCUUUGUGCUCAUUUUUCUCAAGUCGGGCAUCAAUCCCUUCGUGUACUCGCGCAACAGCGCGGGCCUCCGCCGCCGCGUGCUGUGGUGCGUUCAGUGGGCGGCACUGGGCUUUCUCUGUUGCAAGCAGAAGACUCGGUUGCACGCCAUGGGAAAGGGCAGCCUGGAGGUCAAUCGCAAUAAAUCCUCCCAUCACGAGACCAACUCGGCCUACGUGCUGUCCCCCAAGCCACCCCGGAGGCUGGUCGACCAGGCCUGCGGGCCCAGCCACUCCAGGGACUGCGCCGGUAGUCCGAGGGCCACGGGUGCGCGAGUCAAACCCCGUCCCCCGAGUACCUCCACCCCUAUCAACACCCGCAUUGAGCCCUACUAUAGCAUAUACAACAGCAGUCCCUCUGCAGGACCCAGCUCCCCUACCAGCCUGCAACCAGUCAGCUCUCAGACGUUUGCCUUCGCCAAGUCGUAUGUAGCCAUGCACUACCACACUCACCAAGACGCACUGCAAGACUUUGAAAGCACCUCCGUGCAGCAGAUACCCGUCCCCUCAGUCUGAGGGAAGAUCAGAGAAGGUGCUGCUAAUUAGUAAAAGUGUGGAUAACCUCUCCAUGGCUUUGAAUCAAAUGUCAAUCAAAAGAGGAACCCGCAAACAGCCCAUUUUUACGUAUUUGGAAUCUGUAUUAACCGUUUGUUCUCUUCUACUUUUUUGAAUGAAAAAAAAACAGAAGCACCAGUAUUAUAAGCCUUGCCAUGAAAGUAAAAAACAAGCAAUAGAUUUGUUAUAAAAGUGUUAUCAAAGAGUCUGACAGUUAUUGAAUUGACUUAUUUUUCCAUUACUGAUGCUGCAUUAUCACGUUAAUCUGACCCUGUGUUGUGCACGCAUGUGCCAUUAUAACCCGAUUCUUUGUAGGUUUUCACUGCAGCCAAAGAUUCCAGUUGCUAGAUCACUGCUGUGUCCUCUGAAGUCGCUGAGCACUGAUAUGAGCUGCUGUGAAUCCCUGCACAGGCCCCUAUCGAUGGCAUGCGAUGGCGACUUUGAUGAACUCUUACUUCUUAAAAGAAAUGUAUUUGUGAACCUCAUCCACUUUUAAACACAAUAAAACGAUUGGCAAGAACAGUGAA